AAAACAUGAACCUCAUUUGAGUUGACCUAUAUUUAGAUAAAUGGAAUAUUAUUCAGUGGCUCAUUUAGGUGGGAAGCUGAGAGACGAUCAAUAACUCACGUCUCGGAUGAAUUUUUUCUUACGCCAUACACUUCUGUCAGUUAUAAAUCAGCAAACCUACGUGUCUAUGCUCAAACAGUUUUCUUUUAUCGUUUAUUUUUAUUAUAUAAUGCAUAAAUUCGGCCAGGCGUAUUAUAUCGGUACUAAAUAUCGUCAGUACUUUUGCGGGCUAUUUUGUGAAAUUUAUUUUCAUAUUGAAAAAAUAAAAUAAUAAUUCAAAUUAUUUUAUAUUGUUAUUUGUAAUAUUGAAAAAAUUAUUUUUUCAAUUUUAUAAUCACAUUAAAAAAUUAAUAUAUUACAAUUAAAUGGAGUGACAACAUAUAUAUUUAAGGUAAGGUAGUUGUCAAGGAGUUAUAUUGUACAGAAAAUAUUAACGAUAAAAAAUAAAAUUAAAUUAAAUGGCGUACGACGAAUCUGCAGCUACCAUGAAGAGACAAAAUGUUAGAACUUUAUCCUUAGUGGUCUGUACUUUUACUUAUUUAUUAAUUGGAGCUGCCGUUUUUGAUGCACUUGAAUCUGAUACCGAACGCAAACGUUGGGAAUUUUUGUCAGAAAUAAAACGAUACAUGAUGAAAAAAUAUAAUAUAUCGCAAGAAGAUUAUCGUAUGGUAGAAAUUGUUAUUAUAGAAAAUAAACCCCACAAAGCUGGACCUCAGUGGAAAUUUGCUGGCGCAUUUUAUUUUGCAACUCUUGUACUUGCAAUGAUUGGUUAUGGCCAUUCGACUCCAGUAACAGUUUGGGGAAAAGCAUUUUGCAUGGCGUAUGCUAUGGUUGGAAUUCCUCUGGGUUUAGUAAUGUUCCAGAGUAUUGGUGAACGUCUGAAUAAAGUUGCUUCAGUCGUUAUCAGAAGAGCUAAGAAGUAUAUGAAUUGUAACAGAACAGAAGCUACAGAAAUGAAUUUGAUGCUUGCUACUGGGAUGUUAUCAAGUAUUAUUAUAACAACAGGUGCUGCUGUUUUUUCAAAAUAUGAAGGAUGGAAUUAUUUUGAUAGCUUCUAUUAUUGCUUUGUUACUUUAACGACGAUCGGAUUUGGUGAUUAUGUUGCACUACAGAACGAUCAAGCUUUAUCAACAAAACCAGGAUACGUUGCUUUAAGUUUGGUAUUUAUUCUAUUUGGAUUAGCAGUUGUAGCUGCGAGUAUUAAUUUAUUAGUUUUGCGAUUUAUGACAAUGAAUGCUGAAGACGUUCGUCGAGAUGACAGUGAAUUACAAGCUGCGUCGCACCACGUACUGACACUCGAUGGUGAAGUCGUUGCAGUAAAUGGUAAAAUCUUAGCUGGUCAUAUUCCGAUUCAUGACACAGAUGACUGUGUGAGUGUUUGCUCGUGUACGUGUCUUGGUACAACAAAUACAGAGCUAUUUGAUUCAUCGGGUUAUCAAGGCUAUCGGCCACCCUCAAGUACUGCAAGCCUUCGCAUUAAACGUGCAUCUGUUUGAUGGAAAAAGUUUCGUCGUCGUAGUUUACUUCGUCGAUUAACGGAAGCUGAUAACGAAGACAAUGAACUUCUUGAUAUUUCUGGAUAAAAAUUAUUAUUGAGUGUCAAUGUGUGUAUGUGUGUAGAUAUUUAUA